CCCCACUCCCCCCCCCGGCCGGCUCCAUGCCCGGCGGCGCCGGAAGGGAUUAGUCGCCCUUCCGCCGCGGGGUCACGUGACGUCCCGUCGGCCCCGCAAGAUGGCGGCGCCCAUGUUGCUGCCCGAGUCCCCCCUGGGGAAGCUGAGCCAUCAAAAAUACAGAGCUAUUCUGAAAAAAGAAAAGCGGAAAAAAAAGCGGCAGGCACUGGCCAAACUGAGAGACUCUGAAGCUACAGAAAAAGAUGAAUCGGUGUCUGAGGAGGAAGAGGAGGAACUGGAAGAAGAGGAAGAAGAAGAAGAGGAGAAAAAGCUCGAGGCAGAAAGACAAAAACUACAUGAGCAGUGGUUGCUGAGAGAAGAAAAGGCCCAAGAAGAGUUCAAGCUUAAGAAAGAAAAAGAAGAGGCUGCAAGAAAACGUCAAGAAGAAGAAGAGAGAAAGAUCAAAGAAGAAUGGGAAGAGCAGCAAAGAAAAGAGAGAGAAGUCGCACAGCAGAAGCAGCAGGAGAAGAGAGAAAGAGAGGCAGCUGUGCAGAAGAUGCUGGAUCAAGCCGAAAGCCAGCUGGAGAAUGGUGUGUCCUGGCAUAACCCAGAGCCCCCAGAGAACAUAGGAACAGAGAAGGACAGAGCAAAUUGCCCAUUCUAUAUCAAAACAGGUUCCUGCCGAUUCGGAGACAGGUGUUCUCGCAAGCAUAACUAUCCAACGUCUAGUAAGACACUACUUGUCCGAGGGAUGUUCAUCACUUUCGGCAUGGAGCAGUGCCGGCGGGACGACUACGACACCGAUGCGAGUCUCGAGUACAGUGACGAGGAAACCUACCAGCAGUUCCUCGAGUUCUAUGAGGACGUGCUCCCGGAGUUUCAGAAUGUGGGGAAGGUUGUUCAAUUCAAGGUCAGUUGCAACUAUGAGCCUCACCUGCGAGGAAAUGUGUAUGUCCAGUACCAGUCGGAGAAGGACUGCCAGGCAGCUCUUGCUCUAUUCAGUGGUCGAUGGUACGCAGGCCGGCAGCUUCAUUGUGAAUUCUGUCCUGUGACAAGAUGGAAGACCGCCAUUUGUGGCUUAUUUGAAAGGCAGAAGUGUCCAAGAGGGAAACACUGCAACUUUCUUCAUGUAUUCAAAAAUCCAAACAAUGAGUUCUGGGAGGCCAAUAGAGACAUACGUAUUUCUCCAGAACGGACUAAUCAGUUGUCUAAAAACUCUGAGAGGAGAAACAGAUCAAGCCAUCGUGAUGACUAUUACAGCCGGUCAAGGAGAAGGGGCAGCCCAAGCCCAGAUCAUUCUUACCGCAGAAACGGAGAAUCUGAGAGAAAAAAGAAUCGCCGCAAAAACAAGAGGAGGCGCCGGUCUGGCAGGUCAAGGAGUCGAGAAAGGAGGAGGUCUCGAAGCAGAGGGAGGAAGAGGAGAGGACGCAGCCGCAGCAGAAGUUACAGUCGAACACGUAGUCGGAGCAGAAGUCGGAGCUCUUCUCGAUCCAGGAGUAGGGGUAAAAAGAGAUCAAGCAGCAGAGGAAAAAGUAGUGAAACUCCCAAAACAAAGUGAGAAUUAAUCUUAGAAGUUGCUAAUUGAUCAAAUGUUGAUCAAAUGUAGAGCUGAAAAAUAUCUUUCCAAUAGGGCACCAGAUACGUUUGAGUUUCAAAUAAAGUGUUCUUGCACAUUAAAAUGUUUCUUCCUAAUAAAGGAACCUAGUUUACUGUGUGCUAAGCUUCAGAAAAUUAAAAGUUUAAGUCCUAUAUGAGGUGUAAAUGUCAAGUACUCUAGCUACUCUGUCCCUCUGAACUACUGCAACAUCUGGAUGCAUCCUGAAUACAAAAUAGAAAGAGAAGUAAAGCUUUUUUGGUAUAUGCUUAUUUCUGUGUAAUGUGUGUGUUAAGUGUUUCCUGUCCCUGUAAGGAGUUAGUACAGAACAGCUAGUGUGCUGUGAACUCACACAGCAGCACGCUGCCAGUUGAAGUCUGUGUAAAAGACAGCCAUUUAUGUUUACCGUAUGGUUAUGGGCUAUCCUGUUCUAGACAAAGUAAUAUAAUCAUGUUAUGCAUUGGAGAAAAGGGAUCUAAAAGGCUUCACUGUUUGCUUGUACAAUACUUGCCCAGUAGGAGCUUUGUGGUCAUAAGUGUUGGAUUUUUCUCUCUCCUGUGACUGAGCUGCUGAGCUAAUUGCCUGUAGGGAUUGCAGUAGACAAAAACCAAGUAGGAAUUACACAGGAAAACAAUCAAUUUAUUCAGUACCUUAAUCCCCAAGUAAGUGUGGAGACCAAUCACUUGUAAUCCCUGGAGUGAAGACAGAAAAUACUUUGCAUACUUCUUGGUUGCAUACCAUUUGUAGUUGAAAACAACCUGCCUAACCUCUUAUGGAGUGGGAGGAAAAGCGUAAAUCUGGUAACUAAAGAUGGGAAUGUCAUUGUAAAGGCUCAAGAUGUUGCAGAGUGGCUAAACAAACUCAGUAUUAUUUUAUACCUGAAGUAAUAUUUUAGGUUUUUUUGUGAGAGGAUUUGAUAUCAAGCCUUUUUUGGGGGCUUAUAUUACAGUUUAAGGCACUCUACUGCCUAGCUUCCCUACAGUCAAGGUGGAGAGGGGUGCUUAAAAAUGAGGUUAUCGGGACAAAGCUUUUUAUAACUGACAGCUGUGUUAGCGGAGUACCUGCAAUUAGCGAAGUUCUUACAGCUGUUUCUUCAGUUUUAAAUGAAAGAUUUGUGCUGUUAAAUUGACUGUACUUCACCCUGUUUACCUUUAGGUUUUUAACUUGGGCACUUCGAUGUCUGUUUAUGCUUGGAGAGAGCAGUUUGUGACCCUGAAGGUGUGGGUGCCCCAGGUGUCUGCAGAGAUAGCUCUCUCUCUUCAGCCUCUCCAAAGAACUUGGGACUCCUGCCUCUAGAGUACAGUUCAGACCACUUGUUAAGUUAGAAGCCUCUGAAGUAGGCAUGAAAUGCUCCCAAAUAGGUGUUCGUUAUGACUCAACAACAUAGCAUCAAGUUCUUUAGCAAAUCUGGACAUCCAAACUCCAGUGUAGCUUUCCUCAUAGCAAGAGCAUUUUUUUUUCCCCAGGAUAGAGUGAAUGACCAUUGUUCUGGAUAUAUAUAUAUUUUUGCUUUUCUAAAUGCAUACUGCACCUAGCAUGCUGAUUAUACAUUUUCCUUCUUUCAUGUGUAACUGUUGUCCAAUUUGGAGUAAUACAACAGAAGUGCUAUAUAUUGUUGUUCAGUUCAAACCCGACUUUCAAUAUAUAUUGUCAUAACUGUAGGCAGAACUGUAGCUUAGUUAAUUUGAUUAAAUGUUUUAGUUAUUAACAGAUGUAGGGACUGUAAUAGCAUAACUUUUGAAAUAAUAACUUCAUUUGAAAGGCAGAUUUUGAUGGAUAGACAGCACCGUUUUAAAUUGUAUUUGAGAAAUUUGUGACAAGCGCUUUCUCAUAAUGUAUCUUUCCUGACUAGAUCUCACAGGCAGAUUUUCCCCAGGGUUUCUAUUUUUUCAUAGAUGGGCACUUGUGCAGAACGCAGUAAACCGGUACAGUUGAACUGGUCUUCCCCACUUGCUGGGCAGCAUCAUCAGCAGGCCAGUAAGAUCAUUUCACUGGUGCUGCCUUGCGUCUCACAGCCCACAUUCUGGUGAGCUAGCCUGCUGGUGAAGGCUCUUGGGUGGAAAAGUUGAUUUGUGCCACCUGCAGCGUGUUGUACAUCCCCUGCCAUGCAGCGUGCCGCUUGUGCUGUUGCUGAGCGUUAUCUGAGGGAAGUAAAUCACUGAGCUCGACCAGAAGUGAAAUGGGCAGUAGGAUGCUGAUUUUGUGAUGAUCUGUGGUGAGCAGGGUGAAAUAAAUGAAACGGACCUCUCUGGGACUGAGAAUUCCACAGGUAAUUAGGCUCCUUGUCCCCACGGUUUUGUAAAGGGAGCAGGGAAGCUGAGCUGCUGUAUUUUAUCUUUUUUCUAAAAAAAAAAAAAGUUCUUAAUAAUAAUUUUAAAAAAAAACAUUGCUCAGAGAUGCAUGUAAAACUUAAAUACACUUUAUUUCUGCUAUCCUAAUGGCUGAGGCUUCAGCUUUUUUUCUUGAGGUCUGGAUCCAAUGUGCUGGCUGCACCCGUGCGCUGUAGAACUGGUAGCUAUAAUUAUCAUUGUUUCACAUGCAGUCUGCUUAUUACACAGAAAUUGAGUGCUGUAGAUCUGACAUUUAGUUUGCAUUUGUUAGCAUGAAACCUGGCAUUCAACCAGUUUUCAAAAUUAAGAGUUCAUGUAUUUCAGUAGUUUCCCUACUUCAUAAUCUUAAGUAGUGUCAUAUGCAUGGUUUUGUGUUUCCUUAUUAGCUGAGUGAGCUAUUUAUUCUGGAGACAAAGAGCCUAGAAGUUCUUAAAUGUUAAGCUCCUUUUUUUUUUCCAAAGGGGAAAAGCCCCAGAAAACACAGAAGGGAUUUAAAUUUGCAAGGAAUAGCUUGUUCUCACCAUGUACUAUUCUGCAUAAUCCACAUAAAAGGACCUUAUAAAGUGAAUUCCUAGUGGCUAGUGAAUUACUACUUUUUAUUAAUGACUGCUUAAGGCAGUUGCUUUUAUACUUUUUUUUCUAAUUUAAUUGUGCAAGGAUCACCAAGAGGCUUUGGAUUGAUUAUGAAAGCAGGUAUUGACACAGAGCUGCAAGAAGGUGGUUAGGGCAGCAGCGGGGCCUGCCAGCCAGCUGAUGGAGUCAGGGCAGGGAGCAAAUGCUGCUCCGACCCUUCUCUUGUGGAAGGAAUAAAUGUAUAGGAGCAGGAAGCUGAAUUUGGAAGUCUCAACUACUUCAUGGAAACCAUCCUGCUCCAGAUGAUUACCUGAUGUGCUUUGUGGCAGAAGGGGAAUACUGUCAGAGGGGUAGGAGUUACUCCUGUCAGCAGCAGUAGGAUCCCUGCCUGGUGGCGGUUAGGCACCUGGGAAAUAGGCUUGCCUUCUACCAGCAGCACAGCCUCAUCUUCUCAGUGGUGCCUGCCUUGAGGUGAUUUCCCUUUCCUUGGUGCUUGCUGUGCUUGUUGCGUAGCCAGCUCCCAUCACGCAGCUCACAUGUUCAUGUGCUGAAUGCAAGACUUGCAUUUUCACAAUGAGGGAACAAGUGUAGAGGACGGCCUUUCCUCUCUGGCCCUUUCCAUUGGUGAUGGAAUGAGUGGUCAGAGGACAUUCUAAGUAACUUUUCAGCUUAAAACACUUCAGGAGGACAAUCCUUGAUUCAGUUGCAUAUUAACACACGCAGUGCAUCAGUAAUUAUCCUGAUGUUUACUGGUUAUAUACCUGUACCAGUAGCAGCAUCUUUGGGAUGUGCAAAGUGACAGUUUUCAGAAGAAAUGCAGGAGUCCGCUCUGAGAUGCUGUUGCUUCCUGUCCUGUAACAGCACUUUAAAAAUGUGAAAGUUAAAAACUUAAAAGCUCAGUUUAGUUUCUUACAUCACUUGAAGAAUGCAGCUGAUUUUGCUUUCACUAUAAGCUUGUUGUAAUUAAAAAACACACACAAAACACUUAUUCCACCCAUCCUUGUAUUCAGCUCUGAUGUAUCGGCUGAAUACAGCAUCUAUCACAUAUUUAAAAAAAAAAAAA